UUUGGUUAGGUAUAAAUCAGAAACAGCUUGCAGCAAGUGUUCUUCUUAUUUUUGAACCUGAAUCUAUUGAGAUACAGUAUUGGUUGGUCAGAAGGAGUAAGUUCAGUUAAGGAGAACUUUCAGGGCAAGAAGGGUGAAAGACAGAUACUUCCUUAGCCAGAAUGGGGAUGGAGGUCAAUGGGUCUAAGAGACAGUAGGGGCCAGAGGACCUGAACAGCUGCUUAUGCUCUUUUUAGUAGGGUGACCAUGUAAUUUCCUCUCCAAAUCCAGACACUUUUCAGAGUGAGAGAGUAUGCUAUUAAUAAUUAUACAGGGAUAAUAGAUGUAAAUCAGAACUAUUCCAGGAAAACUGGGAUUAUUUUAGGCAGCCUCAGUUAACUUACAAAUGCAGUUGCUUACAUGCCUUUGAAUGUUUCUUAGAAUAUUCAUGUAGCAGAUCAUAUGGAAAGCAGCUUUGUCAUCUGGAGAAUGACAGGACUAAAACAGGUACAUCUCCUGUUACAUCUCGGCCUUCACACAUCUAUAGAGUAACUUCAUGCAGACAGCUCCCUGGAAGAGAAUGACUCUGAGAAACAGCUCCUCGGUGACUGAGUUUAUCCUAGGGGGAUUAUCAGAACAACCAGAGCUCCAGCUUCCCCUCUGUGUCCUGUUCUUAGGGAUCUAUGCGUUUACUGUGGUGGGCAACUUGGACUUGAUUACCUUAAUUGGGCUAAAUUCUAGCCUUCACACUCCCAUGUACUUUUUUCUCUUCAACUUGUCUUUUAUAGAUCUCUGUUAUUCCUGUGUAUUUACCCCCAAAAUGCUGAACGAUUUUCUGUCAGAAAAUGUCAUCUCUUACAUGGGAUGCGUGACUCAACUUUUUUUCUUCUGUUUCUUUGUCAAUUCUGAGUGCUAUGUGUUGGUAUCAAUGGCCUAUGAUCGCUAUGUGGCUAUCUGCAAGCCUCUGCUGUACACGGUCACCAUGUCCCCUCAGGUCUGUUCUCUGCUCAUGUUUGGUUCAUAUGUGAUAGGGUUUGCUGGAGCCAUGGCCCACACUGGGAGCAUAUGGAGACUGACUUUCUGUGAUUCCAACAUCAUCCACCAUUAUCUGUGUGAAGUUCUUCCUCUCCUGCAGCUCUCCUGCACCAGCACCCAUGUCAAUGAGCUAGUGUUUUUUAUUGUUGUGGGAGUGGUCAUCACAAUAUCCAGUAUUAGCAUCUUCAUUUCUUAUGCCUUGAUUCUCUCUAACAUCCUCCAUAUUCCUUCUGCUGAGGGUAGAUCCAAAGCCAUCAGCACAUGUGGCUCCCACAUAAUUGCCGUUGCUUUGUUUUUUGGGUCAGGGGCAUUCACCUAUUUAACAAGCUCUUUUCCUGCAUCUAUGGACCAGAGUAAAUGUGCCUCAGUCUUUUACACCGAUGUGGUUCCCAUGCUUAAUCCUUUGAUCUACAGUUUGAGAAAUAAGGAUGUGAAACUUGCGCUGGGUAAAACCCUGAGAACAGUGCUCUCCUGAUGGUUCUAUUUGUAUAAAUUAAUUACUGGUAAGCAUCACACUUAAGUAUCUUUUUAUUUACAGGUGCAGAACUUUUCAUCUUUUUUCUCAGCUAGGUCUUCUUUCCAGUUAACCACAAGUCUCUUGCUUAUACACUUCUUGAAGAUUAUGCUAUUUUGUAAGAUUUAAAUUGGUUCAUUGCAUGCAAUUUAGCAUCUAUUAAGUGUCUACUGUUUACUAGACUCUAUACGGGGCCCAAGAGAUAGAUGAAUAAGAUGUGGCCCCAUGCCUUCCAUUCUUUUCUUGGUAGGCUAAAUGGAUUUUCCACACAACAUUUCUGGCUGGGGGAUGGAGCAGGUGAUGGUAUGAAGGUCCAGGACAGUGAACUUAUGUUUUCUUCAGGUAUGGGAGCAGCUUUACCAAAGACCAAUGUAGAUACCUUGGAGCCCUAAGUAAGAUAGUCUCCCAGCUCAUUGAGAAGUUGCUUGCCCAGGGAGAUCAUAAAUCAUCUCUUUAAUGUACGUACUUGUACACAUAAGAGAAGCCCUUGCACAAGAGUUCUUUACACGGUUUGAAAUGUAAAGAUAAAUCAAAACUAAAAUCUUUCAUUUCCAAGUUUCAGAACACUUAGGGCUUGGAAUGGUAACCAUGGUGUAGGCGGUUUUGUAAUUGGGCCAAUUUCUUGGGCUCUGUAUGCUAAGGCUGAAAGCAAGAACAAAGAAGAAAUUUCACAGAUUUAUAUGAUUGUUAACUGCUACCUCUCCUCUAUACUUCCCUGGAGAUACUGUGUACAUUAUGGGGCAUUUAGGAAAAUUCUUUUAUUCUUUAAAGUCGAUUUAGAUUUUACUGUCUCUAAGAAUAUGUAUGUAUUGAUAUAUGUAUGUGUGUGUGUUACAGUUAACUAUUAGAGAAUCAGGAAGAAAGAGGAGUCAUAUUACACUUUCUGCUUGCAGGGAAACUUGAAAUGGAUCCAGAUUUUGAGUGCCAAAGUCCACUUUGUACUGCUCUGCUGAAGAUUCUGCUAUGCUAUAUUGAAUAGUUCAGAUUUCAAGGAAUAUACCCUUAUAAACUUCCUUGAGUGUAGGCAGCAAGGUGAACCCAGGACCAGACCAACCCAUGUGCAAAGAUGGGCAGAUGGAGACUCAGUGUGGCUAGAAGAAUGGGGCUGAGUAGAGGCUAGAACUCGGGGUGCCCUUGAGAAGACUCUCUGUGAAGAGUAUUUGGUACUUUUUUUGGAUAUGGAGAGAGUCAUAUAAAGUACUGAGUUGAUGUACUUUUCUUUGCCUGUAUUUCUUUACCUCGUCCAUAAAAUUGGAUAGUUGUUCAGUUUGUAUUGGUAUGAGAAACAAGGCAGUAAGAAGUUAGUCCUUCUUGACAUUUACUUCUCUGCUGAUACUCAUGUGGAAGCAGCAGCAUCAUACUGAGAAGAAAGGUAGUUCAAGUGUUUCAGGUUUUGGCCAGAAGCAUGCCAGACUGUGAUGGAGUUGAGAACAGAAUGGGGAAGGACCUGCAGCAUGGAACUGACUAAGGAGGAGACAGAAGACAAACCUUAUUUUCUCUAAAUAUGCUAACGUGAGGAGAUCUCGAAAGAAGGUGGAAAAAUCUGCUAAAUAUUUGGAUUAUACCUAGAUUAUGAUAAUCAUACUUAACAUUUACUGAGUAUAUACUAUAUGUUUGAGCACUUUUAAGGUCCCUUACCUACAUUAAACUCAUUGGAAUUGUAUUAAUGCCAUACUGAACAACUGCUUGUUGGUCCUUUGGGCCUAGCUGACUUCUACCCUCUGUAGGACUGUCUGUGUCUGGAUAUGUGGGGAUCUUGGGGAUAUUAGGAAAGAGUAGAGAAUAGGGAGAGAUAAGAGCAAGUAUACUAUGAUACAAAGAAAAAAUUACCAUUGGUAUAAAUGAGUAGGAACAAGGAAUAAAUGAGAACCAUAAGGAUAUGAGUGAAUGAAUGAAAGAAAAGGAAUACUUAUGAAAUAAAUGCAUUAAAUCCACAAAAUAUCCUUCCUUACACUCAUUACAUAUGGCACUGGGGUGAGCAGAGGUGAAAACAUAAGUUUGACUUAUGGAGAUACUGGCUUGGAUCUUUUGGAAAGCAGUCCCGUUAAAGAUCUGAAAUGACAAAACUCAGAGGUACUUUCCUGGUUCUUACAAUAGCCAGAUAAGACACAUUUAUUGCUCCUACAGGAAAGACAACAUUUUGUAAAUUCCAAAGACCUUCACUC